AUGUGCUGGAAGAAACAGAGGUUUCAUCGUAGGGGGAUCCUUGAAGUGACAUCCGUGAAGACCGCUUCGAAGUUCGAGUGUUCCAAAGUCCUCCGAGGAGAAGAACGUCCCACCAAGCGGAUGGUACUCAGCAUAGUCAUGGCACAGUUUGAUCCGACCGGAUUCCUAGCUCCAGUUACCAUCCUGGUUAAAAUGCUGGUGCAAGAUCUGUGGAGAACAGGGUGCCAGUGGGAUGAUGCGGUGGAUGACCUAUCAUACAAAAAGUGGACGCGGUGGACGAGCGAUGAUGCGGUGGAUGACCUAUCAUACAAAAAGUGGACGCGGUGGACGAGCAUGUUGGCGAUUGUCCAGGCGUUUAAGUUGCCGCGCAGCUGUUUCGGCACUGCAAGGUCCGAUGAAAUCCGUGGCUUACAGCUGCAUAUUUUUGCGGACGUGGGUGAGACGGGGUACGGAUGUGUGGCAUAUUUUCGUGCCAUGGUGCGUGGAGAGGUGGAGUGCGCGCUAGUGAUGUGCCGGGCGAAAGUCGCUCCCCUGAAACAAGUGUCUAUUCCGCGUCUGUAG